UAUAUAUUCCAAGCCCACCUUUCCGGAACCCUAUUCCCAACAUUCGAAGCCCAGGGUUCCUCGCUCUCUGCAAAGAACUCGAUUCCAUUCCGCCGCCGCUGCCAUGGGUAAGGUUCACGGAUCUCUGGCUCGUGCCGGGAAGGUGAGAGGGCAGACGCCCAAGGUCGCGAAGCAAGACAAGAAGAAGAAACCCCGGGGCAGGGCCUACAAGCGCAUGCAGUACAACCGCCGUUUCGUCACCGCCGUUGUUGGAUUCGGGAGGAAGCGGGGUCCCAACUCAUCCGAGAAGUGAAAGAUCGAGAUCGGUAUUUUAGCUGUAGACACUUCUUUAGUUUCUAAUUCCAAAAAAUUGUAGGGUUUUGUUUCUAGAUGAUGAAUUAUAUGGCUGGAUUCUGUGUUUUGAGAAUGAUUUAUGAGACCAUCGAACUGAUUGGAGGCUAAUGAUAUGUUAUGCCCCUCUUUAGAUAUGCUUCUGUAGCUAUCGUUAUUCUCAAAGAAGUCUCCUUUUUUUUAUCGUAUU